AUGUCUCUCUUGGAAAGCACAUUAUUCACUAAGUGGUCCGAAGCGCUUUCUUCAGCAAGGCACAAACUUCUUGCUGUCAGGCGACAAGAAGGAGUCGAAGAAAUAAAAAGAAAAGGAAUUAUAAUUGAUAGGAAAGUUACACUUAAUACAUAUCUCAAAUUUUGCAAAGAAGAACCAAGAGUGCAAGGAAUGUUAACUGGCAUUAUGACUAACUGGAAUGAUCAAUUGUGGAUUAUGGUAGAAAUUGCAAGCACCGAAAGUUUAAACCAUGUGCAUGAAAAAGUAGCAAUCUAUUUUUCUCAACGUACCACCAUUCAAAUUUAUAUUGCUAUAAAAAUAUUUCCUCCUCACUUGAAUGGUACGUUUGCACUUCUUGCAUUGCUUUACCUUCGAAACAGUUCAACUCCGUCUAUUCCUUUAAUUGCAAAGUCUUUUGGAACAGCACCUCUUCACAAUAUGACACAAAUGUAUCUUCAAGAUACUUUACAUGUUCAGAAUAAUAGUGGUGUCGAAUUUGGAGAAGUUCCUUGUGAUGAUGCAAAUAUUCCUCAAUAUCAAAUAGAUAUUCCGACUGCAUUACUUUUCGACGAUGUUCCUGAUGGUGUUCCUGCUGAUGUACCCGAUAAUUUUACUAUAGAUCUUUGGAGAUUAAAACAU